AUGCCGCUCACUCGACAAACCGUGCUCCUGACUGGAGCAUCAAUGGGAAUCGGCGAGGCAAUCGAAAAGCCCUGGCUUAGGAAGGACAAACUAGCCAAGCUCAAAGACGCGCUCCUCCAACAAUACCCCAACAUCAAAGUCACCUAUCGAUCCGCAGACGUAGGAAACCACGAAGAAGAAGCUUUUACGAAGGCGCUGCGGAAUGAGUUGGUGGGGACUAAUAUCAAGGUUCUUGCGCUGAGGCCGGGGCGUGUGGCGACGAAUUUCCAUUCGCAGAGGGUUGGGCAUGAUAGGGAGAUGCAUGAGGAGUUUUUUGAGGGUUAUGAGCCGUUGGUGUCUGAGGACAUUGCCGAGGCUGCGGUUUACAUGCUGAAUCAACCUCUUAAGGUUUCUAUUAAGGCAUUGGAUGUUGUUUCAUCAGCUCAACGAUCCCUUAAUGUGUUUGAUCGCAAGUGGAAUGAGCGGCUCGGCAAAUAA